UGCUAACUGCGCUACUACUGCAAAAAGUCAGUUAGUGAUGGAUGAUGGAGCUUCUCAAGAACUCGCUGAAUGAUUUGAGAAAAGAUGAACUUAAAGAGUUUCAGUGGCACCUGAGGAAUGAUUAUAAGUUUCCAGCUUCUGGACUGGUGGAAGCAGAUGUCUUAGAUACAGUAGAUAAGAUGGUGGAGCGUGAGAAACAAGAAGGAGCUGUGAACAUCACACUGGACAUCCUGAAGAAGAUAAACCAGAACCAGCUGGCUGAAGAACUAGAGAAAAAACUCAAAGUAAAGAAAGGUGCAGUUGACAGUAAAGCUGUUGAUGUAGAUUACAGUGACUUCAGCAACAAACUGAAGAAGUUAUUAAAACAGGAUUAUGAGAAAAUAUUGGAUGGUAAUUCACACCAGAAUACAUACUUGACUGAUAUCUACACUGAUCUCUACAUAGUGAAGAAUCACACUGGUGGUGUAGUGAAUGAACAUGAAGUGAGACAGAUUGAAUCAAACAGAACUGCUGCUGAGGACACGUCAGUCAUGUGUAAUGACAUAUUUAAAGUCCAGCGUGAUACAGGUCGACAAAACAGAAAAGUGCUGACGCUGGGCAUUGCAGGUGUGGGUAAAACUGUCUCUGUCAGUAAAUUCAUCCUUGACUGGGCUGAAGGAAAAGAAAAUCAGGAAAUCAUCUUUAUUUUUCCUCUGGCCUUCCGUGAACUGAAUCUGAUUUCAGUGAACCGCAGUCUAAUGGGAUUGAUUAAUAAAAAGUUCUUUGGUUCUGAAAAUCAACUGUCCUCACUGCCUAAAGAAGAAGGUAAAGUGAUGUUCAUCUUUGAUGGUCUGGACGAGUGUCGCUUCUCUUUGAGCUUUAAGAACAGAGAGGGAUUUACAGAUGUUACUAAAGAAACUACAGUGGAUGUCAUAAUAACAAACCUGAUCGAGAAAAAUCUGAUUCCCUCUGCUCUCAUCUGGAUCACCUCCAGACCAGCAGCAGCCCAUCUGAUACCUCCAGAACACAUUGAUCAGGUGACAGAGAUCAGAGGAUUCAACGAUGAGCAGAAGGAGAAAUACUUCACCAGAAACAGCAAACCUGAGAUGUCAGAGAGAAUCAUCUCACACAUCAAGAGAUCCAGAAGUCUGCACAUCAUGUGUCAUAUUCCCGUCUUCUGCUGGAUCUGUCUCAGUGUUCUCCAGCCUCUGAUGAUGACUCAAGAGAAUCUGCAAAGUAUUCCUACAACUCUCACAGGGAUGUACAUCUACUUCUUACUCUCCCAGAUGAAACAGAUGAAAGCAAAAAAACAAAGUGACAAUCUCCCUCAGUCUUUUGAAGAUGUUGUUCUGAAGCUCGGGAAACUGGCCUUCACACAGCUUCAAAAAGGAAAUCUGAUUUUCUAUAAAGAAGAUCUUGAGGAAUGUGAGCUGUAUGUCGAUGAUGGUAUAGUUUUCUCUGGGUUAUGCACUCAGAUGUUUCAGGCAGAAAAGCCAGUUUCUGGUAGAAAGGUCUUCAGUUUUGUACAUCUCAGUGUUCAGGAAUUCCUCGCUGCUCUUUACGUGCUUUUCAUUUACAAAAACAGAAAAACAAACCCAUUCCCUCUCACUCUUGGAGACAAAAUAAAGAGGACAUUCAAGAAAAAUUCACUGGUUGACCUUCAUAAGACUGGAAUUAAAAAUGCUCUUCAGAGUAAGAACGGACACCUGGAUCUUCUCCUGCGGUUCCUCAUGGGUCUCUCUCUGGAGUCAAAUCAGAAUGAGCUGAAAGAUCUUCUGCCCUCACUGAACAUCACAGCAGAAGACAUGAGACAGACUUGUAAAUAUAUCAAACAGAAAAUUAAGAAUGAAGAAUCAUCAGAGAAGACCAUCAAUCUCUUCCACUGUCUGAAUGAACUGGGAGAUGAUUCACUGAUCACAGAAAUCCAGAAGUAUCUGAAUUCAGAAGGUCUUUCAGCACGUAAGCUCUCUUCUGGUCAGUGGUCUGCUCUGGUGUUUGUGCUGCUGAUGUCUGAAGAGACUCAAGAGAUGUUUGAGAUGCAGAAAUACAGAAGAUCUGAUGAAGCAGUGAUUCGACUUCUGCCAGUGAUCAGAAACACCAGAAGAGCUCUUCUUCAGAACUGUAAUCUGACUGAUGAGUGUUGUGAAAGAUUGUCUUCAUGUCUACAAUCAUCAACGUCUCUGAGAGAGCUGGACCUGAGUAACAAUGAUCUGGAGGAUUCUGGAGUGAAGCUGAUCUCUGAUGCUCUCAAGACUCACAACUGUCAACUACACACACUGAGAUUUUCGUUGUGUAAUGUGACUGAAGAGUGUUGUGUAAGUUUGUCUUCAUGUCUACAAUCAUCAUCGUCUCUGAGAGAGCUGGACCUGAGUAACAAUGAUCUGAAGGAUUCAGGAGUGAAGCUGAUCUCUGGAGCUCUCAAGACUCACAACUGUCAACUACAAACACUGAGAUUGUCGUUGUGUAAUGUGACUGAAGAGUGUUGUGUAAGUUUGUCUUCAUGUCUACAAUCAUCAACGUCUCUGAGAGAGCUGGACCUGAGUAACAAUGAUCUGAAGGAUUCAGGAGUGAAGCUGAUCUCUGAUGCUCUCAAGACUCACAACUGUCAACUACACACACUGAGAUUGUCGUGGUGUAAUGUGACUGAAGAGUGUUGUGUAAGUUUGUCUUCAUGUCUACAAUCAUCAACGUCUCUGAGAGAGCUGGACCUGAGUAACAAUGAUCUGAAGGAUUCAGGAGUGAAGCUGAUCUCUGAUGCUCUCAAGACUCACAACUGUCAACUACACACACUGAGGUUAUCAGGUUGUAUGGUGACAGAUGAAGGUUGUUGUUCUUUGGCUUCAGCUCUGAGUUCACAGUCGUCACACCUGAGAGAGCUGGAUCUGAGCUACAAUCACCCACAACACACAACACUUCAGCUGCUCUCUCACACACUCAAUGAUCCAAACUACACAAUCAAUGUGAGUCAUGGAGGAGAGACAAGAAUUAGAGCAGGACUACACAAAUAUGUUUGUGAUCUCACACUGGAUCUAAACACAACACACACUAAACUCAAAGUGUCUGAAGAGAACAGAAAGAUCACACGUGUGAGAGAGCGUCAGUCGUAUCCUGAUCAUCCAGACAGAUUUGAUGUGUAUCCUCAGGUGUUGUGUAGAGAGAGUCUGACUGGAUGGUGUUACUGGGAGACUGAAUGGAGCGGAUCAUUUGUUCAUAUAUCAGUGUCAUAUAAAAGCAUCAAGAGGAAAGGAGAGAGUUAUGAUUGUGUGUUUGGAUUCAAUGUAAAAUCAUGGAGUCUGUUCUGCUCUGAUGACACAUUCACUGCAGUUCACAAUAAUAAACAAACACACAUUAGUGUUUCUCCAGGUGUGUGUAAGAGAGCAGGUGUGUAUGUGGACCAGUCGGCCGGCACUCUGUCCUUCUACAGCGUCUCUGACACACACACAAUCACACACUUACACACAUACUACACAACAUUCACUGAGCCUCUCUGUGCUGGAUUUGGUGUUUAUGAAUGUAACUCCUCAGUGUGUCUGUGUGACAUAAACAGCCUCUAUAGAGCCUCCUGUUAAACACAAGAGAGACACACAAAACCACAUGAGUAAUUACACAAAUACUGUUAAAUCUUUCUCUUCUGCUUUCUUUCAUCUGUACAUUAUGAUCUGUGUGCGUGUGUGUGUGUGUGUGUAUAUGUGAGAAAUCAAAGAAAUCACAAUAACUGUCAAUAAUGAGUAAAUAUAUAUAUAUAUAUAUAUAUAGAUUGUCACGUCAGACUCUUAGUCACUAGUUUGUUUCCAUUAGAGACAAAAGUUUUUGUGUGAGUGGAGGAAGAUUUUCUUUGCAGUUGCUUGUUUCUUGUCACUGAUGUGAAAGUUCUCAUGAACAAGAGAAGAUUCAUGUUGUGUAAAUCAUGCAUUGGUGC